ACCAGGUUUACUGGACUCUGAGUUCACUGUGUUACUUCCUGUUGUGAACACAGUGUUUCUGUGAUGUAAACUCACAGUAGUUUUGCUGGUUCUCCUUUCAAACCGACUGAAGUUCACAAUAUGGAUGAAGAUCUGGACGGAGCAGAUGGAAACAGGGGUUUGUCCACAGAGGAUCCUCCAGAAGGCAGUGAUGAACCAGGACCCUCAGAGCUACAAGAUCAGUCUGACAGACUCAGAUCAGAGUCCCCAGAGACCGCCUUUAAGUCUAUGAAGAGAAACCGGUCUAAAGACAGACCUCCAGAUUCUAGACCUGAACCGGAACCCUUCGAACACAAAGUUCAGAUCAGCGUCUCCAGAGUCCAGCUGUCUGUUCAUGAGGAGCAACUGGUCUAAAGGUGACCCUCCAUGCUGUAGUCCUGAACCUGAACCUGAACCUUCAGACACACAGAGCACUGGACGACGAGACAGGAAGAGGACACCUGGUCCUGAAGUGGACCCGGCGUCCAGCUGGGGACACGGGUUCUGCAGACAGUGCAUCACUUCAUAUCGGGACCAGUUUGGUUCAGCAGGAGACUCGUCCUGUCCCCAGUGUGAAGAAACACCCAGAACCAGAACUGGACCACAGAUGGACAGCGCUGUACAAAAUGAACAUAAGCUCAGUCUGAGGAGCAGAUGUGAAUGUGUGACUGAAGGAACAGAUGAAGCAGGAGGUAAAACCCAUCUAAACCGGAUCUACACUGAGCUCUACAUCUUAGAGGGACAGAGUGAAGAUGUUCAUACCCAACAUGAGGUGAGGACGCUGGAGACAGCUUCCAAGAAGAAGAUCAUCCAUGACAAACCCAUCAGGUGUCAGGACAUCUUCAAAGCCCUACCCGACCAGCAGAAACCCAUCAGAGUGGUUCUGACCAACGGCGUGGCUGGAGUUGGAAAAACCUUCUCGGUGCUGAAGUUCACUCUGGACUGGGCCGAGGGUUUAGAAAACCAGGACGUCAGUCUGGUGGUUCUGCUGUCCUUCAGAGAGCUGAACCUGGUCAGAGAUGAGCAGUACAGUCUGCUGACGCUGCUCCAUGUUUUCCAUCCAACAUUACAGAAGGUCACAGCAGAGCAGAUCAACGUCUGCAAACUUCUGUUCAUCUUCGACAGCCUGGAUGAAAGCAGACUUUCACUGGAUUUCAACGACUGUGAGGUGGUUUCAGACGUCACACAGAAGAAACCAGUCAACGUCCUGUUGACCAACCUCAUCAAGGGGAACCUGCUUCCAUCAGCUCUCAUCUGGAUAACUUCCAGACCUGCAGCAGCCAAUCAGAUCCCCCCUUCAUGUGUCGACAGGGUAACAGAAGUCCAAGGCUUCAGUGAUGACCAGAAGGAGGAGUAUUUCAGGAGGAGAUCCAGUGAUGAAGAUCUGUCCAAGACAAUCAUCUCACACAUCAAGAAAUCCAGGAGCCUCCACAUCAUGUGUCAAAUUCCACUCUUCUGCUGGAUCAGUUCUAUGGUUCUGGAGCACAUGUUGACUUCAGACCAGAGAGGAGAUCUGCCCAAGACCCUGACCAACCUGUACUCACACUUCAUCAUGGUCCAGACAAAGAGGAAGAAGAAGAAGUAUGAAAAAGGACAUGAGACAAGUCCAGAGGAGCUGACAGAGGCUGACCGGGAAGUUCUUCUGAAGUUGGGAAGAUUGGCAUUUGAACAAAUGAUGAAAGGAAACAUCAUGUUCUACCAAGAACACCUGGAUCAGUCUGGUCUCGACGUCACAGAGGCCUUGGUGUACUCAGGAGUUUGUACAGAGAUCUUCAAAAAAAGGAGUGUGAUCUUCAAGAAAACAGUCUACAGCUUUGUUCAUCUGAGUGUUCAGGAGUUUCUGGCUGCAGUCUACAUCUACCACUGUUACAACACCAACAACACAGAGGUACUGAGGAGGUUUCUGGGACAAUGGGACCAUAAUUCAACCCUCGAUGUCUUCCUGAGAGAAGCCAUCAAAAAAUCCCUCAAAAGUGAAAAUGGUCACCUGGACCUUUUGGUUCGUUUCCUUCAUGGUCUUUGUCUGGAGUCCAACCAGAGAGUUUUAGGAGAUCUGCUGGGUCCAACAGAGAUCAGCAAAAAGAAAACACAGAGAGUCAUCAACAACCUGAAGGAGAUGAACACUAAGGAUGUCUCUCCUGACCGAAGCAUCAACAUCUUCCACUGUCUGACGGAGAUGAACGAUCAAACAGUCCAUCAGGAGAUCCAAGAGUUCCUGAAGUCAGAGAACAGAUCAGAGAAGGAACUCUCUGAGAUCCAGUGUUCAGCUCUGGCCUACAUGCUGCAGAUGUCAGAGGAGGUUCUGGAUGAGUUGGACCUUGAGAAGUACAACACGUCAUUGGAUGGAAGACGGCGACUGAUUCCAGCUGUGAGGAACUGCAGAAAGGCUGAACUUUCUAACUGUUGGCUCUUGGAGCUUCACUGUGACGUUGUGGCCUCAGCUUUGAGGUCCAAUCCCUCGCAUCUGAUGAAUCUUGACCUGAGUAAAAACUAUGACCUAAUGGAUUCAGGAGUGAAGCGACUCUGUUUUGGACUGGAGAGUCCAAACUGCACACUAGAGACUCUGAGUUUGAGCGGCUGCAGUUUGUCUGAGAACAGCUGUUCUUCUCUGGCUUUGGCUCUGAGGUCCAAUCCCUCCCAUCUCAGACAGUUAGAUCUCAGUGAAAAUGUGAAGCUGCAGGAUUCUGGAGUGAAGUGGCUGUGUGAAUUUCUGUGCUGUGUGGACUGUAAACUGCAGGUUUUGAGAUUGAGUGACUGCAGUUUGUCAGAGAUCAGCUGUUCUUCUCUGGCCUCGGCUCUGAAGUCCAACCCCUCCCAUCUCAGAGAACUAGAUCUCAGUAAAAAUGAAGAGCUGCACGACUCAGGAGUGAAGGAGCUGCGUCAUUUUCUGCAGAAUCCAGACUGUGAACUACAGAUUCUGAGAUUGAGCGGCUGCAGUUUGUCAGAGAUCAGCUGUUCUUCUCUGGCCUCGGCUCUGAAGUCCAACCCCUCCCACCUCAGAGAACUAGACCUCAGUGAAAAUGAAGAGCUGCACGACUCAGGAGUGAAGCAGCUGUGUUUGUUUCUGCAAAGUGGAGCCUGUGAACUAAAGGUUCUGAGACUGAGCGCCUGUGGGGUGACAGAUGAUGGUUGCUUGACUCUGGUAGAAGCUCUGAAGUCCAACCCAAACCUCAAAGUCUUGGACUUGAACAACAACAGCUUGAUGGAUUCAACAUGGAAGCUGUUCCGUGAUUUUCAGCAGAGUCCGAACUGUAAACUGAAGAGUUUGAGACUAGAUGACAAAAGGCGGCGCAAAAUCAAACGGGAAAAAUGUCAUCCUGUAAGUGAAGAAAACACAGAGAAGACUUUGCUGAAGGUUCGGUCAGAGUUUGUUGAGCGUGUGUCUAAACCUAAUGUAAACAAGCUGCUGGACAGACUUUUACAUGACGAAGUUAUAAAUGACAGUGAAUUAGAACAUACUAAAUCACUAGGUAAUAAAAAUGCCAUGGCUAGAGACAUGAUUGACACGGUACGAAAUAAAGGCCCAAAAGCCAGCGCGUGUCUGAUAAACGCCAUUUGUCAGAUUGAUAAAUAUCUGUCAAACACCCUGAAACUGAGCCCAUGUAAAGAAUAGCCAGGACAGAUGGUAGGAAACAGCCCAGAAACCGGCCCACAAAACAAAUACUGGGAUGAACCGAAGGGUGACGAUGAUCAAACACAACAUCCAGCACUUCAACUGCCAUCCAGUUACACAUGCAAGAACUGAACUGGAAAAAAUCUAAAUCUGACCAAGUGUAUUUUUCUCAUUUCUAGUCCAAAUAUCUCAUCCCACUUAAAAUCAGACAGAAUCACCUCAAGAGGAACUUUUCA